AUGAAGAAAUGGUAUCUGCUCACUGUAGUGAUUUGCAUAACAGUGCUAACAGUGGCGGAUUGCGAGAGUUCAUCGAUUCGCCGAUUUCCAAUCGAUGGCUUUGACUGCAGAAUACGUGUUGUUUGUUCUUUCGCUACCAUCUCAACCUUGACCUCUUCGAACCGCGUCAAAAGCCGACCGACAAAUCGCGCGACCGAAAAAUUAGUUCAAAAAUCAACUCAAACUGUGCUGUCCAACGGUGGAAAAACUUCAAAAAAGAAAGUUCUAUCGCCGUGUUUGGAUUCACCGACAAAGUUUGGAAACUCGCCGGUCGUACAGAAGAGACCCCCGAUUAAUUUUGUGCAAAAUGAAAGGUGUGCGGCAUUCCCCUCGCCAGCCACCUCGCCACUUGGUGGGACUGUGAACACCGACUGGAACGAGAAUGACUUGACUUCGUCAGACGUUAAUUUAGUGCUUACACUUGUCUUUCCACCCACAAGAAAUAAUUUCAUCAGCUCGAUCGGAUUUCCACCAGAAUCUUCCAAACCGAUUGCAUAG